CCUUUUACACCUUUCACCUUUCAAACGCUCUGGUGUGAGUCGCUGCUUUUUUUAUGCCUCGGCUCUGUUUUCAUUCGGUCCUUCUCUGUUUUCCUCUCUCAUCCCCUCGCUCUGUGAUUCGGUAUCUCUGUCGCGCGGGCGGCGGCGGCGGCGGCGGCCGUGGCGCAGCGCGCGCUCAUUACCCGCGCAGUUUAUCUUUUUCUUGACUGGCUCGCGGGAACGAACGCGCUCUCACGCGGAGCUGAGCUCGCGCUGUAAUCUGUGGCAGCUGGAAAUGGACAGCGACAGCGGAGUAGCCCUGCAGCCGUCUCACACAGAUAUAAUGAAACAUCCAAAGAAAAACAAGUGGAUGGACAGCAACCUUCCCACCAAAAGUAAGGAAGGACAAGAGGAAGAAGAAGAGGAGGAGCAUGACGGAGUGAGGAGGGUCAGGGUUGGAUUUAGGGCCAAGCGGGAGCGUCAGCAGAGCAGCAGCAGUGCUACGAUGUGCCAGGUGUGCACCAUAAGGCUAAACUCAAGCGCCCAGGCACAGAUCCAUUAUAGAGGCAAGACGCAUCAGAGGAGGCUUCGCCGACUGGCGAAAGCUGUCAGUGCAGGUACGCUGUCCCAGAACCAGGUCCACCCACUUCUCGGUUCCCUGCCCCUCCGGGGUCGACCCCUUCAGCCACAGACCCAUGCCCAUCUGGAACACUUCCUGCCACUCAGGGUCAACGGCUCCUCUCCCCUCAGCCUCUUCCCCAACUUCAACAGUAUGGACCCAGUGCAGAAAGCUGUGAUCAACCACACCUUCGGCAUGUCUCAGCCUAAGAAGAAGCCCAUCAUUUCAUGUAACAUCUGUCACCUGCGCUUCAACUCAACUACCCAGGCAGAGGCCCACUACAAAGGUCACAAGCAUGCUCGCAAGCUAAAAGCCAUCGAGACCCAGAAGAAUCGGCAGAAGAACAGACACGGUCAGACCUCUGCAGGAAAAGACAAAGACCCAGAGACCGGGAUGAUGGAGGGGGAAACGGUGCCAGUCGAUGCUCAGCUGAAAGACAAAACAGACCCAAACGCCUCAUCCCAACCUGAACAGCAGCAUCCUGAAAACAGCCAGGGGAACUUUCAAACAACCACUCCAUCCUCCAUGCCCUCAUGCACAGACUCCUCCUCACCCCCCUCUGCUCACCAGACCCUUCAAGUGUCCGAUGGCUCCCAGCUUUCUGAUCUGCCUUCAGACGGCCCGCAUGCAGGUAGGAGCAGCCCAGCCAUUGGUUCAGCCUCAGACUCUGAUCCUCAGGGAAGCUCCACAUCAGGAGAAGAGGAGGAUGCCACAAAGGUUAAAGAGGUUAAAGAGGCCAAAAACAACAAAAAGCAUCUUCACUGUCCAACGUGCAAAGUGACGGUCAACUCCAGCUCUCAGCUAGAGUCUCACUGUAGUGGGUCUAAGCACAAACAGAUGCUUGAUGGUCAGAACAACAGCCAGUCGCAUCACAGGGUCAAGGUGGCAUCAACUUCCAAACCAAAAGGUCGAAUUAAACGGCGGAUGGGGAGCAAAAACAGAACGGUUGUUGGGGUAACCAAUAAGGCAUUUCACUGUGAACUGUGCCAACUGUCUGUUAACUCAGAGACACAGCUAAAGCAGCACAUAAAUAGCAGGAGACACAAAGAGCGUUUGGCUGGAAAGCCUGUCAAGGCCAAGUUCACCCCCUAUAAUAAACUCCACCCCAAUGCUGUUUUAGCGACUAAACUGGCCCUGCACAAACACCUGUCCAAAGCCCUGCCAGCUGGGCUUCUGACUGGUCCUCUUAAUCCAGCUGCACUGUGCAGCAUGACGUCCGGGCCCCUGGCACUACGACUGUCUCCAGGUCCUACAGCCAUUAUCCCAGGUCACAUCAUAAACCCCACACUCUUCAGGCCUGCUCCAGGACCUCUAAGGGCCACACAUGCUCCUAUAAUCUUCUCUCCUUAUUAGAAAUUAGCACAAGCAGUUGGGACUUAGAGAGGCGUUGACAACUUUGCCAAAACUGGACUUGUGGAAAGGAUUAUCUUGGCCCGCUGUGGACAGCACAGUUCUGUUUGAGUAACAUAGAAACACUGCAGUCACAAAGGCAGCCGCGUGAUGCCCAAUUGAUGGCGGUUUCAGAGCUGGCUGAGCAGUUUGUCAGCUUUAAAGAGGAAGGAUCAGCUGUCAGCUGUUUCCUGCCAGCAAACAGUUGAGUGCAUGUUCCCCUGGGUCUGGACCUGUCUGCAAGCCAUAAUGAUGUACAUCAUUGAGUUUCAUUACUGACAACAAUAAACUAAGACAUUAAGGAAUUUAAAUGCUUGAAGACAUGCUUUCAUUUAAAAGCUUUCUAAUUGUACUCUGGACAAAAAAUGUCAGCUUUAGUUUUCAUAAGGGAAUGAAAACUUAUCAUAUCCAUGUUAUAUUAUUAUCCUAUGAAACAUGUUGAGAAUAUAAGUAACCUAAACAUAUAAAAUUGUCAACCGAAAUCUGCAGUUUUGCACUGAUAUAAAUUUUGUAUCUUCCCAAAAUUGCAUCUUUUUUCUCCAUAAUUUAUUGUAAAUUAGUUUUCUUGUGAUUUAUUUUAGAUUCAAAGUGUCUUUUUCAGCCUGUUUGUAUCGAUGUCUGUUGAUCUUUGUGUGAAAAAAGCGACAAUCAACCACCAUGCUUACGUGAAUGAAUGAGCAUCUGCCGAAUGGAAAUACAGAACAUCUAAUGUGUAAUGUGAGAUGGUUUGAAAUAAAGUUAUAGUUAUAUAUAGUUUAUAUAACCAUUAAAGUUUACACUUUAGGUUACCUUGUUUACAGCAUUUUUUAAAAGCACAAUAAGUAAGAAGUAGGAUAUUUUACUUAGAGAUGUAAAAUCAGAACAAGUAUAAGAGUGUAAUGAAUACUCCAUAAUAUGUCUUUAUGGGCCAAAUUAUAAUCAUUUGGAAAAAUGUUGCAUACAUUCAUGAGCAACAUACAGAGGGCGAUUUCACUUUGCCGCCCUACAAAUGGGAAAAACAAGAACACAUCAUUUAGUAUUCAGUAUCCUUUGAGAAAAACAUCUCAAUGCUGUUUAUAACACGUUAAACAGGUGGAUUUAAAGUGUGAAAUGUAGUGUGAGAUAGGAUAUUGUAACAGCUUGAUGCUGUUUGUGCAAUAUGAAUGAAUAGAUUCUGUAUGUGCUGUUCAGAGACAUCUAAAUGGUCCUUGUCUAAAAGAGUUACUUCUGUUGUGUUUAAUGGGAAAAAAAAAACAAUCCUCUUUUAUUGUAGAUAUAAAUCUACCACAUGACUCACUAAGCAAUAUUCUUUUUAUGUCACCUGCUGAGAUUAACAAGAAGUGUAACUGUUUCUUUAUUGCAAUAAUGUAAAUCCUUAUGUGAUUAAAAAAAAAUUUAAUAAUGUAUUCCAUA